AUUUGAGAAACAUGUUUCUACUUUCAUGGAAACUUGUAUAGUCAUGCUUUAAACAUGUGGAGUGGUUCAUACUGUAAACAACGAUGUUUUUAUUGUACUUUUUUAUCGCUCUUGAUGCAUACAAAAAUGAAGCUCAGCUUUUCUGUCUGUCAAAAACAUUUAUCAUCAUCAACAUCGACUGUAAAAGUAGACAGAAAAACUAUUUCUAAUAAAAUAGAAAUGGUUUGGGGGCCCUAAACGGAGGUUUUUAACUGGAAGCCCCCAAUAAUUGGGGUGUGGAGGGGGGUUAUAUGUCUUUGCAAUAUCUAUGAAUUAAUUUGCACAGUGAGUGUCACUUUGGCUGUUAGAUUAGUGUUUAAUUUUGCAAGCAAUACUUAGUUACUAAGCAGGCGGUUGCUGUUCUCUAACCCAACAAUAUCUCUUAGAAACAGCCAAGUUACAACACAUAAACACAAGAAAGCGGAAAACGCAGGCGUCGGUACUUGGACGCAGUGCGUAAUUACGCACGGAAGGUGUAGAGGAGAGAGUUUGGACCAGACUGUUUGUCGCUCUCCUCAGUGUGAACUUCUUUUCUCCUUUUACAGAGACGGCAGAUACCUGUGCACGACGUCAUCAGCGCAGCCUCAGCCUCAACUGUCAUCUCCGAACACAUCCGUCCAGUCCUCGGUGCGCACAGGACAGGAUGGGAUGCUCCACCAGUUCCCAGACUUCAGCGGUGGACACGACACGACCCGGUUCUAAGCCCGAGGAGAGCAACGGAGCCAGCACUACAGGAGCAGCCAAUGAAAAUGGUAACGUAGCUGAGGACAGUGCGACUCUUCCAGACCAAACGCCUGCACCUGUGCAGGAACCUGCUGUGGUGGCCACCACUGCACAGACCACCACCACCACCGCUGCUGCUGAUCCACCACCAGCAGAGGCUCAGCCUGCAGCAGCCAGUCCACCUGCAGAUGCAGCAACACCAGCAGUGGGCAGCACCACUGAGACGACAGCCAGCUCUCCAGAACCUGCAGCUGCAGCUACGGAACAAGGAAAAGCAGAGGCCACAGUGACUGAAUCUGGACCCAAAACAGAGGAGGCUGGAGGUGAGAUCUUCAGUUGUGGUUUCAUUUAUACUCUCUAUGCAACGAUAACAUCUGUGCUCACUCUCCUCUCUUUGUGUUUCCAGCUCCCACUCAGUGAAGGGGAAAUGAAAUGACCAGAUGAAAGUGUCUUCAUUUUUUUUUUUUUCUUUGGAUGCUCAAGUCAAAAGCGCUUAUCUUUAUGUUAUGUUGCCAAGAUGCCAAAAUGUUUCUGCUUUCAAAACUGUACAUACAACAGAGCUCAGCAUUGAGUGAGUCUGUAUUUUCAGGACACGACGUUGUCAACGUAACUUGUUACCUAUGGAUAUUUGAAUUUGUUACAUGUAUAGACCGUCUUAUUAAAGCCCACGCUCUCUCCCUGAA